AUGAAUUCGUUAGGUGAUACGGAUAUAGGUGGUUCUGGAGCCAGUAGUUCAUUCAGUCGUAUUGGAAUGUAUACUCAACAUAUACUUGAUCGAGUCACACCAUUUGUUAGUCUUCGAUGGAUAACUAAUUUUAUAUUAUUAAUUAUAUUUUUUCUGCGUAUUUUUUUUGCACAAGGUUUUUAUAUUAUCGCUUAUGGCCUUGGAAUAUUUUUACUUAA